GCAUGUUUCUUUACUUUAAUUAAAUUAAAUGCAAGUCUAAAACUUUAUAAUUGAGAGAGAAGAUAAAAAAUUUCCUCCACAAGAAAGAGGAAAGAAAAAAAAUGGCGGUGGCAGGUUUCUACAGGAGAGCGCUUCCUUCUCCUCCUGCCAUUGAGUUCGCUUCUCCAGAAGGCAAGCAACUGUUCACUGAGGCACUUGAAGGAGGGACCAUGAAUUCGUUUUUCAAAUUAAUAUCUUACUAUCAAACCCAGUCAGAGCCUGCCUACUGUGGACUUGCCAGCCUUGCCAUGGUCUUAAAUGCCCUAGCAAUAGACCCUGGAAGAACAUGGAAAGGCCCAUGGAGAUGGUUUGAUGAUUCAAUGCUUGAUUGUUGUGAACCCUUGGUUAAGAUCAAAGAAAAAGGCAUUACAUUUGGGAAAGUUGCUUGCUUGGCUCAUUGUAAUGCAGCUAAAGUUGAAACUUUUAGGACAAAUGAAAUCACAGUUGAUGGUUUUAGGAGAUUUGUGGUUUCUUGUAAUUCUUCAGAGGAUUAUUAUAUCAUUUCAUCGUACCACAGAGGGGCUUUUAAACAGACUGGAAGUGGUCAUUUCUCCCCAAUUGGAGGCUAUCAUGCUGGAAAGGAUAUGGUUCUUAUCUUGGAUGUUGCCAGAUUCAAAUACCCACCUCACUGGGUUCCUCUUGAACUUCUUUGGGAGGCUAUGAAUACUAUCGAUAAAGCAACAGGACAUCAUAGGGGGUUCAUGAUACUUUCAAAGCUUGACAAAGCAUCAUCUAUUCUUUAUACUUUGAGCUGUAGGCACAAGGGUUGGAGCAGUGUUGCCAAUUACUUGAGUGCAGAUGUUCCUCACCUUCUGAAAUCAGAGGAUGUAAAGGAUGUAGAGGAAGUACUCUCUGUUGUGUUUAAAUCACCACCUGCUGACCUCAGAGAGUUCAUCAAAUGGGUUGCAGAAGUUCGGAGACAGGAUGAUGGGGGUAUAAUCUUAAGUGAAGAAGAGAAAGGAAGGCUUUCCAUCAAGGAAGAGGUGUUGAAACAAGUACAAGGGACUGAACUAUUUAAAUAUGUGACCAGAUGGUUGGUUUCUGAAAUUUCAACAUGUAAAGGCGCAAUUUCAGGUCAUAACAAUGAAUUGCCUGAAAUUGCUGCAAAUGUCUGCUGCCAAGGAGCAAAACUUUUGACUGAAAAUUUCAGUUCACUGGAUUGUAUGGUCUUUAAGAAAGCAGGUGUGAAAUUUCGGAAAAGUGAUGGUGAAAAGCCUGUAACAGAGGUGUCAGGAACUGUGUUUACUGACGGCUCUGAACAAGGUGUUGAUAUGCUGGUUCCUUUAUCUCAGACAGCGGCCAGCAGUUUGUGUGAUCUAGAUCAGAAUGGUUGCCAUGGAUUCCAUCCGUCUGCUGGAGAUGUUUUAUCAGUUCUCAUAUUUUCCCUACAUCAAAAUACAUGGUCCAAUAUUAAAGAUGAGAAACUUCAGGCAGAAAUCAAUUCUCUGGUAUCAAUUGACAAUGUCCCCCCUCUGCUUCAAGAGGAGGUUCUGCAUCUACGGCGGCAGCUCCAUUUCCUAACAAUUGAUAUUGGCCUUGCAUCUGCAUCAUGACCUUUCCACUUUUUCUUCCUCUCUGAUAUCUUCCGGACAAGGUUCAUAACGCAUACAGCUUGCCAUUUUAAGCAUUUGAUCGGGUAUUUAAUACUAAAGAUUUAAAGGAUUUACUUGCAUGACAGGUUGAAGAGUGUGCAAAAGAUAAACACUACCACAUGAUGUAAGAGAGUUUAUAGAUUUUCAAGUUUAAAUGCCAAGGACAAAACCAUUAGCUUUUCUGUGAUAAUAAUACCAACGAAUUCGAUCA